AAUGCUCAGUUUUUGCCAUUGCAAUAAUUGGCUAUGCGUUUAAGAGCUUGCUGGAGGCUGGUCAGAUUCAAGCUUAGUUAGGAACAGUUGCUAUCCACUGGAGCGCUCCAAUUGGUUGCUUAACAAUUUGGAGAGGAGCUUAGCGAAAUAUCAAUUGAAAUAGGGAAGUUUAAGCUGUUUUAUGUGAUGUCAGUGGCCCCAAGAGCACAAACGAGUACUAUCUAUGGGGGGGUGCUACGUUUUCCAUUAGUAGGCUAACAGGUCAUUCUUACCAAAUUGCUGUGUGAAAGAGUAAUACAUAAAUUACUAAUCAAUGGUUAGUAAAAAUUGAAUAUUCUAAAUGCAAUUCACACAUGAUAAUUUUUGUUUUAGGAAUGGGAAGAUGAUAUAAAAUCUCAUCAGGAUGUCAUGUCUGAUGAAAAUGACAACAAAAAUGAAGAAUUAGUCAAGGUGGCAACUGCAAAAAUUCAGGCCUUUUACGGAAAAGAUGGAGUUGGGAAAAGCUUAAAUGACCUGAUGAAAGGGGAGCAUUUCCGAGAAAUUCCAGAAUUUCUAUCACCAACAAACACUGUUAAGAUGAUUUCAUGUGGCACGGCAUCAGAGCUUUCUGGAAAGAUUGCCUGUUACACAAGGAGUGAUAAUAAGAUGGCAGUAAAACACUACUGGCCACUUGUGAAGUGUGUGACAAUUAAGGUGCCCAACACCAAAGAGCUUCUGGAACACAUUGUGCUGUUGGAUCUUCCUGGAACUGGGGACUGCAACAAGACCAGAGAUGAUAUGUGGAAAUCGCAUUUAAGUCAGUGCUCGUCUGUGUGGAUCGUGAAUGACAUCCAACGGGCCGCCUCUGACAGAGAGCCAUGGAUGAUUUUGGAAAGCAGCUUCAGUUAUCUGAUACAAGGCGGAGAAUGUGAGAAUAUCACCUUCAUCUGCACCAAGACAGAUGACAUCAACCCUAAGAACUACCUGGGAUCACCAGAUUUAAAGAACACUGAACUGCACCUCGACCUGGAAAAGAAAGGAGCAGCUGAGCGGAAACGAGGCUGCAUCCAGCACAGAAAUGAACAAGCUAAGAUAAUGUUGGGAGAGAGGUUCAACGACGAAGUUGUGAAAAAGAAACCUUUCAUUCAAAUGGAAAAGAUCUUCCAAGUGUUUACAGUGAGUGCUGAGGAAUUUCAGAAUGAUGAGAAUCCCAUUCUGGAACAAAAACAGACAGAGAUACCACAACUCAAACAAGUUCUGGAGGAUAUGAAUGAGAGACACUCAAAGACUGCAGUUAAAGACUAUAUAUCUGGAGUCUAUGGGAUCCUCUCUUUGAUCAAAGCGGCCAACUCCAACGACUCGACGAUGGUUGAGAUGAAAUCAAACAUGUACCAACUGCUAAAGGAAUCACUGGAGGAGCAGCUUUCUACCAUCACAUCCCUCAUGACAAAACAUUACAACGACCUUAAAAAACUCCUGUCAGAGGGAGUUGCCAAGUCAAAAAAAUCAUGCUUGCAGAUUGCCAAGGACAAAGUAAUCACACCAGAGGCAAGAAAGGAUGGCAGAGGAUACCAUCGUACAUUGUCAUCUUUAUGCAGGAAUAAGGGGUUCUGUAGGUCAACAAAUGGAGACAUCACAGACCUCAACAAAACGUUGGCUGAAUCUAUGUACACUGCCAUAAAUGAGAAAUUUGCUGUAAUUUUCCCAAAUGCUGGAACAACAGGAGAAUCAAUCUAUAAGAAGAUCUGCAACUUCAGCAUCAUCUCAGACAGCAUGGCCAAGGAGUGGGAGAACACCCCCAUGUCUCUGUAUCUGAUGUUUCUCACCACCGAGGAAAAUGUUUUGAAGGAUAAACUAAAACGAGAUGUCCUCCUGAGGAAGAAAGUGAUUUAUGAAUCUCUGACUGACGAAGUCAAGAUCAUAAUGUGCCCAUGUUAUGAGGAGGCUUCAAAAAUAUCUGGAAAGGGAACCUUGACGAAGACUCAGGAACUGCUGGUCCAGCACAUCGACUCAUCGAAAAACAUGUUUGCCAAUGCUCAGAAAAAGAUGUUGGAAGGUUUUGAGAACCUAAUGGAAUACAUAGAGCAGACGCUGAGAACCGAACUACUGGAGUCAUUGAAGCGGUCCCUGAAGACCCCUAACAGUUUAUCUCUCCCAGAUGUCAGUGAGCAGUUGAAAAACAUGGAGACCUACAAGAUGUUGGCUCUAAGAGAUCGCACAAGCCAAAUCUGACUGUUGAGAAGAGUCAUAAAGCAGAAGUAGUGACAUGAUGGUAAACCAUUCAAAACCCUUGGCUAUAAAAAUGUAUCACAUUUUCAGUAGCUUAUUUAUCAGUAGUUGUUCGUAUCAGAAGUUUUGCCGUAGUUAUUAAUGUUAUGUUUGCUGACGUGAUGAACGUGGUAUAAGCAGGAUAAACAUUUAGGGUCUAUCAGUGCUCUGAUAAAAAUGCAGCUUUGCAUAAGAAGCGCCAUGAUGCUCAGAGAACUCAUAGCUCCUAGGUGUUGAUUCCUUACACAUUUUAUGCUCAAUGUGUUGAUCCUUUACAUAUUCUAUACUCAAUGUGUUUAUCCCUGCCAUAUUCUAUACUCAAUGUGUUGAUCCCUGACAUAUUCUAUACUCAAUGUGUUUAUCCCUGACAUAUUCUAUACUCAAUGUGUUUAUCCCUGACAUAUUCUAUACUCAAUGUGUUGAUCCCUGACAUAUUCUAUACUCAAUGUGUUUAUCCCUGACAUAUUCUAUACUCAAUGUGUUGAUCCCUGACAUAUUCUAUACUCAUUGUGUUGAUCCCUUACAUAUUCUAUACUCAAUGUGUUGAUCCCUUACAUAUUCUAUACUCAAUGUGUUGAUCCCUGACAUAUUCUAUACUCAAUGUGUUUAUCCCUGACAUAUUCUAUACUCAAUGUGUUGAUCCCUGACAUAUUCUAUACUCAAUGUGUUGAUCCCUGACAUAUUCUAUACUCAAUGUGUUGAUCCCUGACAUAUUCUAUACUCAUUGUGUUGAUCCCUUACAUAUUCUAUACUCAAUGUGUUGAUCCCUUACAUAUUCUAUACUCAAUGUGUUUAUCCCUGACAUAUUCUAUACUCAAUGUGUUGAUCCCUGACAUAUUCUAUACUCAAUGUGUUGAUCCCUGACAUAUUCUAUACUCAAUGUGUUGAUCCCUGACAUAUUCUAUACUCAAUGUGUUGAUCCCUGACAUAUUCUAUACUCAAUGUGUUGAUCCCUGACAUAUUCUAUACUCAAUGUGUUGAUCCCUGACAUAUUAUAUACUCAAUGUAAACAAAUAAAUUGGUAUUAUUUUGUUGGGUAACUGAUCGGCACUCAGAACUCAUUAAGAGUUGGCUUCUAUCUUCAAUAUAAUCAUUCAUUCAGAAGGUUAAACACAAAAUGGUGCAGUUUGAGGCCAUGUGGUGGAGAGUGAUGUGGGCGCUGGAGAUGGGGGUGUGAGCAGAUGGGUCUGGGCAGAUGUUAUGUAGUUGUCGUUUGUAUGUGUAUGUUUGGUAUUGUUUAUAAAGAUAAAAUAAAAUGACAAGCUUGCAACGCG